AUGUUGGAAGUUUUUGAAAAUUAUAACUUUGGUAGCAGCCCAUUUUUUUCGAUUGUGAUUUGUAGUUGUAAACAGGUACUCCAGUCUAGUAUGCUUGGUAGAUGUGUGCGAGAACUAUUAUGGAAGUCAAAUGUCCAGUACUCUAAUUGGAGAAAUCCAUCUUUGUGCUUUUAUAUCCAUUCAUCGCAGUUUUGUUCUACAUCCAAUUCAGAAAUAACGCAGAAUGAAAAUGUAGUGGAGGCCAUUGGCUAUGCUUAUAAUACUGUUGAGAAGAAAAAAGGCCUAUUUAAACCAAAGCAUACUGUGGAAGAGCAAAUUGCCUAUAUGAAGAGUAAAGUAUUCGCGGAUACGUACAAAAGUAUGCCGGUAUAUCAUUUCUAUAGAAGAAAUUUUAAAGGACAGGCCAUUUUUAUGCCUAAACCAAGAAUGUUCUGCUUGGAUAAAGAAGGAAGAUUCAAUGUAAAUCAUGCAUGUCCUAUUUGUCGCGAUGAAUAUUUAUUUUUCGAUUUUCGGAAUCCUGCUUUGAUUCAACAGUUCCUUAUUGAUGACACUGAUCGUUUAAUCCCGCUCAAAAAAUCAGGAUUAUGUUUUGAUCAGUAUGCACAACUUCGAGCUCAGUUACUUAAAGCGAAAGAACAUGGCUUCAUCAAAUUCGCUGUUCCAUUUCAAAAUUUCAAUUACAAAAGGUGGUAUCCAUGGUGGGAUAAAGAAAAUGAUCACACUUAUGUACGACGUGACAUACCUAUCGAAGAUGUCUAUAAGCAACCACUGAUCAAUUUCCCUGUUCAUAAUCGUGACUUUAAUAAUAACUGGGAUCAAUAUUGGUUACGUCAUAAUGAAUUUGCUCAACGAUCGAAAUAA